CAGUCCGCCCGGGAUCCGGAGAGUUGGGGGCCCGCGGAGGAAGCCGAGUUCCGAAAUGCGAGGGCGCAGGCUCAGAGACCGGGCCGGCCGCGGUGGCUGCAGAAGCAUUCGCGGUGCUUGGCAUAGGGGCAGGUGGUUUUUGAGAAGCGCCCGGCUCUUAGGAUCAUCUCUUCUGAAUCACUCUUUGAGGAAAAAGAGUUCUCAAGAAGGAAAGCCUGAGCCUUCAAAGCAAGCCCUUAAGAAGUCAAAGCUGCCAGUCGGUCGUUUUGACUCACUGGAUGAUUCACCGGAGGAGAGAGACCCACUGCAGAAGUUUCCAGAUGAUGUCAAUCCAGUUACCAAAGAAAAAGGUGGACCCAGGGGCCCAGAGCCUACACGAUACGGAGACUGGGAACGGAAAGGACGCUGUAUCGACUUUUAAGUCACGUGGUCUUGGGACUGCAGAGUCACUUCCUGAAUUACUUACAUCACGUAGUUUUCUGUAUCCUCUAAGUGUGAUAUUUCCAUCGUAUGUCUUAAAAUGCACGUGAUAGCUUCGAGGAGCAAAGGCUGCUUAUAGAUCAGGAACAGGGAAACAUUUUUCCAUUAGUGUGUUAACUUCAACUUAAACAUGUCGGGGGGCAGAGAGCCUGUGAUGAGAGCUGCAAGCCUUUGCAGUGAUUUUUUAUCAUUAUUAUUAUUAUUUAAUCAGUUGCUUAUAAAAUACACAUGUUAAUAAAUACCUCUUGUUAGAUUUAUUAUUUUA